AUGAGGAGUGUGGAUGCGUUUGAGGCUAUUUUUGCUCUACUUAUCUAUGGAUUAUUCCUCUUUCCUAGUUUUGACGACUUCGUUGCUUUGGAUGCCAUCAAGAUCUUCUUAAUAGGAAAUCCAGUUCCUACUUUGCUUGCUGAUGCCUAUCAUUCUGUUCAUAUGAGGAAUUCUUAUAGCGGGGGAAUGAUUACAGGUUGUGUGCCUAUGUUGUACAAGUGGUUUAUUUCUCACUUGCUUAGGUCUCAUGCUUUUUGGGAUCUUAAGAAUGGUCUUUUAUGGUCGCAGAAGAUUAUAACGCUCACACAUUCAGAUAUUGUUAGGUAUAAUCAUGACUAUGAUGGAGUUAGUAUCAUUGAUAGUUAUGGAGGAUUUUCUAAUGUACCUCUUCUUAGUACAAAAGGAGGCAUCCGUUACAACCCAAUCCUAGCUCGUCGUCAACUCGGUUAUCCAAUGAGAGAUAAGCCAAAGAAUAUUCAAUUGGAGGGUUUGUUCUUUAAGGAAUGUAAAGAUUGCAAAGUGCUCAAAGAGAAGAUUGUGCACGCUUGGUGCCAUGUUCAUAAGCUAGAAAAGAAAGUUUUAGGGAAGACAAAUUGUGUCUCUUUAGAACCUUACCUUAAAUGGGUGCAAGAUAGGGCCAUCAACUUGAAAAUUACUUAUCCUCGCCAAGAGCCUUUUCCUUUAGCUGACAAAGAACCUACCUAUAUCUUCAUGACUGAUGCAGAGAAGUUGAAGAUUGCUUUGACCAAAGCGCAGCGAGAAAGGGACACUUGGAAGAACAAUCAAGCUCCAUUUUCUGGUUUGGAGGAAGAUCCCAAAGAUCAAGACAUCGCAAAGGCUACUCGCUUGAAAAUGUCAGAGAUCAGGGAUCACAUGACCACAAAAGGAAAAAUGCUUGGUUUGACAGCUAAGUUUCUAAUGAACAAAGCUUAG